AUGUUCACUUUCCUCCAUAGCCUGGUCCCCAAAACCGUUCGAAAGACCUUCUACAGCGAAGCAUCCACCAAGCAAUGCCCUCCGCCCAAGGUAUCCACCCAUAAAGAAGGGGGUUACAAAAUCUACAAGUACAUGACUCUCUUCGUCGGCCUUCCUGCUAUUGCGGCGGUUGCAGCUUUCACUUUCAUCCAGAAGAAGAGCAGAGGUUGCCCAGAGAGGCCAGAUUUUGUCCCUUACGAGACGAUGAGGAGGAGGACUAAGAGGUUUCCUUGGGGUGACGGGAACAAGUCCUUAUUUCAUAAUCCAGAAAUAAACGCCAUUCCAGAUGGUUACGAAGAAGAUUUGGAGUGUGAAUGUGGUAGUAAAGAAGAUGAAUCGUCCAACUGCCGAGAGUAA